GAGAGGCGUACAUGUGCAUCCAAGCGAGUGCGUUUUAAAGGACCGGGGGAGGGCGGAGUGCUAGAACUGGAAUCAUUCGUCGCGGCUAGCGAGCGAAAAAGCUCCGAUUUUUUUCUCGCCUCUUCUUCUUCUCUUCUCGAAGUUUUUGCGUGGAUGGCUGAGGGAUCGCCCUUUCUUCGCAACAGCUAUUGGGUUCUGAGGCACGGGAAGAGUAUUCCCAACGAGAAAGGCCUCGUUGUUUCUUCCAUGGAAAAUGGCACACUUGAAAAGUAUGGAUUAGCUCCUGAGGGAAUUGAUCAAGCGCGACUGGCUGGAGAAUUACUUCUGAAGGAACUCAAGGAAAAGAACAUCUUGCUCGAAACUGUUCGAAUUUGCUGUUCUCCAUUUUCAAGAACUACUCAGACUGCCAAAGAAGUUGCUAAUGUGCUAGGCAUCCCAUUUGAAAGUGCUCAAUGUAAAGUGAUGCUAGAGCUUCGGGAACGUUUUUUUGGACCACUGUUUGAGCUUUCCUCACAUGAUAAGUAUUCAGAGAUAUGGGCACUUGAUGAAAAGGAUCCCUUCAUGCCACCUGAAGGUGGAGAAAGUGUUGCAGAUGUUGCUUCUCGACUUGCAACUGCUGUUGCAGCAAUAGAGGCAGAGUUUCAAGGAUGUUCAAUUGUUGUUGUCAGCCAUGGUGAUCCACUUCAAAUAUUGCAUACAGUUCUCCAUGCAGUGAAGGAACAUGCAUCGUCCAGUGAGGAGGGCAUUUUGUCAAGAAUUAAAGGAGUUAUGGUGCAUUCAAUCCUAUCUCAACACCGAAAGUCUGCCUUGAACACUGGAGAGCUGCGCUGUGUCAUAUGACUUUGAUUCUUACAUAUGGAAAAGUACAUUUCUUAGUAAAAAGAUUUUAAGUCAUGGCAUUGUUUGACCAGCUUUAUCAAACUAUAAAGUUGGUUGACUAUCUUGCAUCUUUGAAGGGGCUUCAAAGACAUAUAUUUUAUCAGGUUACUCACCAAGGACUUCUUUUCCUCACCAGUUGGAUACUCUUAAUACCGUUACUUUUUCACUUUGAUCAACGGCGGUCUCUGGGAAUUGGUACUACUGCUUUGGCUACCUUGUGAUGUAUUGGUUUGUCGUUCCAAGAUAGCAUCUGAUUGAGUUGGAAUGCUGAAUAUUUUAUUAUUUUUUAUAAUGUUGUGCUUGUCAAGGUAAUUAAUGGAGGCUCCAUGAAGAGUCAUUUUUC